AUGAUCCAACCCGAUGACGAUUCACCAUUGAACCCCUCUGGCGCAAACUUCAGCUUAGGCCAGGAGGAGGCAGCAGCAGCUCUCGAGGACUUUGACACGCAGAGUCAUGCGAGUUCCCGCGACCCUGGUAGCACACAAACGGCCGACCCCGCGCUGGGCCCGGACAACGGCGCGCUAGACAACCAACGAGACGACGGCGGUGACGGACCGUCAAACCUGGAGAAUUUCAACGACGGCGAUAAGCCCGCUUGGAGCGAAAUGAAGACUAAGGCUGGAAAGGAGCGGAAGCGGCUGCCGCUGGCCUGUAUCGCAUGUCGCCGCAAGAAAAUCCGCUGCUCCGGGGAAAAGCCCGCUUGCAAGCACUGUACUCGCUCGAGGAUUCCUUGCGUCUAUAAAGUGACCACGAGGAAGGCUGCGCCCCGCACGGAUUAUAUGGCCAUGCUGGAUAAGCGGUUAAAGCGGAUGGAAGAUCGCGUGAUCAAAACGAUACCGAAGGAAGAGACGAGGGACAUGGCUUCUAUCGAAAAAAGAAGCGCAGAUGAGGCGUUUGAGGCUGAGAUGGAUGAAUGGACCCGUGGAGACCGCCGCCCGCCACACGAGUCCUUCCCAAUGAAUCGCGAGGUCAAGUCAAGCGAUGGCAGUGGACUUUUGACCGAGGGUGCUGAGUUCUUGCCAUCUUUGGAGAUCCAGGAGCAUCUUGCAGAGGUCUUCUUUGAUUGUGUAUAUGGGCAGUCAUAUCUUCUGUUGCAUAAGCCCAGCUUCAUGCGGCGACUCAAGGCCGGUAGUAUUCCCCCGGUGUUGAUUCUCGCUGUCUGUGCGGUCUCUGCGCGAUUCUCAACACAUCCUCAGCUCAAUUCAGAACCGCAAUUUUUGCGCGGAGAGAACUGGGCUAAUCCAGCCGCUGCCAUUGCUCUGAGCAGACACGACGAACCUAAUAUUACAAUUCUGACCGUUUUCCUCCUCCUUGGUCUCCAUGAAUUUGGAACCUGUCAUGGUGGACGGAGUUGGUCUUUUGGAGGCCAAGCAUUAAGGAUGGCAUAUGCCUUGCAGUUGCAUCAAGAGCUUGAGCAGGACCCAAUGAUUAACAACAAAGGUCCCAGUAACCCCUCCCAGCUGAGCUUCACCGAUCAAGAGAUCAGACGGCGGACUAUGUGGGCUUGUUACUUGAUGGAUCGGUAUAACUCCUCUGGCAGUCAACGACCGCCAAUUGGAAACGAAAAGUUCCUACAAAUCCAGUUACCUAUUAAAGAAACACACUUUCAGAUGGAAAUACCUGGUCCAACGGAAGAUCUUGACGGGGAUAUUCUCAAUCCUACGCCAGAAGACACAGGCCAGCUAUCAAACGCCAAAGAAAAUAUGGGUGUCUCGGCGUAUAUUAUCCGCGCUAUCGUCAUUUGGGGUCGCAUUGUUGACUACCUAAACCUCGGUGGCAAGAGAAAGGAUGCACAUCCACUUUGGCAUCCAGAAUCGGGAUAUAUGCAACUCAAACGGCAGAUUGAAGAUUUUUCUGCCUCUCUUCCCGUUCCUUUGACUUUCACGUACGAAAAUCUACAGAUCCAUGCGGCCGAGAAAAUUGCAAAUCAGUUCCUGUUUCUCCAUAUCAUCAUACAUCAAAACAUGCUUUUCCUCAACCAAUUCGCCAUCCCCUUGUCACCGGGAGGGCGGCCACCUCGGGAUAUGCCCAAACCUUUCCUCAGCAAUGCAGGCCGUGCUGCGGUGGAAGCGGCGCAUCACAUUUCAGUUCUCUUCGACCGUGCUUCAGCUUAUCCUCUUACCGUUCCCUUUGCUGGUUACUGCGCCUAUUCAGCCAGCACGGUUCAUAUCUGGGGCAUAUUCUCGAAGAACGUCCAGCUAGAGGCCCGCUCAAAAGAAAAUCUCCGGCAUACAUACCGCUAUCUUAACAAAAUGAAAAAGUACUGGGGCAUGUUCCAUUACAUGGUUGAAAGUGCCAAGGAUCGAUAUCGUCAAUUUGCCGAUGCAGCUAUCCAGGGCUCCGUGGUGACUCAAAAUGGCACUUCGCUGACACCAAUGUUCCAAUAUGGUGACUGGUUUGAUAAGUAUCCACACGGCGUAUCAAGAAUGCACUGGGAGGAUCCCGAUACACAGCACAGAAAAACAGGCGAGGAUGCCGUGAUGGGCCAAAAGCCCGACCUCCAAAGCGUGGAAGAUUUCUUCGCAAGCCUGUCACCUACACAGCAACAACCAACCAUCCCUCGGAAAUCGCGCUCUCGCGGAAACAGCAAAUUAUCAGAUAGCGUUGCGGGCAUGGAACAGACCUCUCCACAAUCCAUGAUGGAAGUAACAAUGGGAAGCACGCCAGGUGUCCCAGGCAGUGCAUUCCCACAAGCCUCCGUGUACAACCAGCCAAGACAGAUGUCAUUCGGCCAACCGCCGUUUGAUUUCAGCAUUCCUCAAGACCAACUCCCUCAACUGGAUCGGCAAUUUGUCUACGGCUCUUUCUCCGACUUCGAUCCCAAUUCGUUCGUCCAAAAUAACCAUCCCGCUCCACCAGUCAACGGCGUCGAACCGCACAACCCGGACCAAUCCCUUUUCACUGGCCAGCUAGACCCAGGUGCUCCCGCAGGAACGGGCGAGUUCUACCAGCCCAGUGCUUGGUUCUUGCCCUUCAACCUUGAUCCUAUCGGCGUUGCAAACCCACCCGCUCCCCCUCCCAUCCCAGCCCCAGGUCCUCCAAAUAACGGUCGUCCUAAUGGUCCCCAACCCCCUUCCGGUCUACCAGAUGUACCCGGGUUCUCCAGUGGGGGUUUGCCCAUGAGUGCAUAUGACCUUGGUUUAUCAGGACCAGAUGUAACCCAAGGUCAGCGGCAGUGA